AUCGACAGCCUCAUCAGCGGGCAGCAGGCCCUGCAGCCCUCGCCACCCGCCGAGCUGGGCCACCCAUCGCUGGGCUUGCCCGGGGCUGAGCUGGCUCCCUCCUGCUCUGCCAGCAGCUCCGAGCCUCCCUGCUUUCAGGCACAGCCCGUCAGCCCCGGCUUGUUGGGCCGGGCCGGCCCUAACACCCUGGCUUACCCCUACGCCGCCUCGCCACCCCACCUGCCCGUGGCACAGGGCAGCUACUCGCCCGGCAGCCCGCAGCUCUACGGGGCUCCCAACAGACUGGCCCUGCCGGCCAUGCGGCCCCCGGCCUGCGCCGAGCACAGCGAGCAGCUCCUGGGGCUCUCCGCGUCGCCCCUCGGCCAGUUCGGCUCCAGCAACGCGUACAUGAGGCAGCCCAAUUUCCCCGCCGGCCUGGAGCGGUACAUGUGA